AUGCAUGUGAAGCCUUGCGAAGUAGAUUUUGACGGACAGGCGUACACAUUUAAAGCUUCUCAACAAUUUGAGAAGGGUGAAGAGCUAUUCAUGAGCUAUGGAUCACAUCCGAAUGACUUCCUCUUGGUUGAAUAUGGAUUUUGUCUUGAAGACAACGAGUCGGACGCCGUUUAUCUCGACGAUAUCGUCUAUAGAGAGCUCACAGCUGCCCACAAGAAAGAACUACUUUCUCAGAAACUCUACGGGAACUACAAAGUAACGUCAGUUGGUGUCUGCCACCGCGCCAAGGCUGUUGCUUGCAUCAAAUACAUGACGAGUCGUCAGUGGCGUAAUUACGUCUUGGGCCGCAUCCAGGACGAGGAGAAUAAAACCACAAGUAUACUUCAUGAUUGGGUUGGCACCUAUAUCAAGGAAAGCACAGUCAAAAUCCAAUCAUUGAAGGACAUACAAAUGGAACAGCAACUGGGUGCCCGAGACGGAAAGAAUGAUAAAAUUGAUCUCUUGUUGAACAGAUGGGUUCGUAUUAAGACACUGUGCGAGGAUGCCUUAAGAGCCAUCUCCUUUUAA